GUCAUACAAAUGGCCGACAAGAACCAUCCCAACAUUGUGCGACUGCUUGGGUUUGCGGUGGGAGGGGACGUCAGGUCUCAGAUAGACCAAGUCCUCAUCUACGAGUUUGUGCCCAAUGGUGACCUCCAUAUGUGGAUAGGACCAAAUGCACCUUUUUCUCUGAGUCUGAAGCAACGGCUAGACAUCCUCAUUGGUGUUGCACGUGGCUUUGAGUACCUCCAUAGCUUUGGCAUUGUGCAUCGCGACAUUAAACCCGCCAACAUCCUCAUCACCAGCGACAUGCAGCCCAAGAUUGCAGAUUUUGGGCUGGUGAGGGUGGAAGAGGGCACGACAGUGGGCACGACUCGAAUCAUGGGAACACCGGGCUAUGUGGAUCCGGUUUACAACCGGACUUCCAAGGCCACCACAGCCAGCGAUGUCUACAGCUUUGGUGUGCUCAUGCUUGUGGUGCUCACUGGACGGUUUUCACUUUUCGAGGAUGCUGGGGAGACCAAGCACAUCGUGGUGUGGGUAUCCGAGUGCCUGUCAUCGGGUGGUUUAGAAAGCCUCAAGCACCCCACCAUGGACGCCCCUGGGGAUGUUGUGCAGCGCUUGGCUGAGCUGGCAGUGAGUUGCACCGUGGAGCGCACUGCAAGCCGCCCAAGCAUGGCGCACAUUGCCACCCAGCUGCAGGCUGUCAGGGAGGAGGUGUUGGGGAAAGAGGAAUCUGGCGCUGCCAUCAAGGUGGAUGCGCAGGUCCAGGAGAUGAAGGAUGCUGUUGCGGGUGAGGACAGCCUGGAGGCACAAAUUCAAAUGAUUGAGGAUAGGUGCAGCUUCAUCUCUGAACACCCAGUCUAG